AAGAACUACGGCGGUACUCCCGAGCCCAAUGCUCCAGCCACUUGAUGCACAAAAUAACAACAAACAAUACAGCCACCUUAUGUAGCAGCACUGCGGAGCCUAACCGGGGAAAAGUUCAUCCAUAAGACACGAACCUGUGUGUGUGAAAGUGUGGCGGAUUCAUCCCCCAUAUCCAUUGAUUGACAGGACACAAUCAUGCAUGAAUGAAACGUAGUCGUGGUCUGUGCGUCAGCGUCUCUCCGUUGACUCCGCUCGCUCCCACUUCCUUGUUGAAACGCUUCCAAACAAUUCACGCUUCAAAGACACUUUUGUUGACUUUGACAGCGGCCGAUCGAUGUUAAAGGAUUUCAAAAACAAGCCGCUGGAGGCUAAACACACGAGCUAAGUGAUGACGCGCACACGAAGGCGUGUCUCUGUGGCUCUACCACUCUUUAUUCAUCACGCUGAGUGCCAAACUGCGCACGACACUCGUGGCGUGUUCAUAAUAAGAGAGAAAUAAUACACACAGCAAACAAAACAUGCAUUGACAAAAGAUUUCGCUCCACCGUGCUCACCCUACGUCAUGACUGACAACCAGCAACCAGUGAAUGUGUUCAAUUCACUCUUAUCAUUCUAUUAAUAUCAUUCUUACAUUGACAUUAUAUUCAUAUAAUACAUUCAAGUCCACAAACAUAGAUGUAGAACUCUCGCGCUGCCUCUUUAUUUCCUGCUCGACUCAUUUCCUGUAAGAGAAAGUGAAAGUAACUAUUCUGUAACUUUGCUUCAGUCGCCAUUUGAACUGCGCAGCACGAGGACAGACUGUUUUCUCUCGUGUGAUCACUGGACUGAACACAGAUCCACAUCAGACGUCCUCCAGGAAACAUGAAGGAGAUUUUCCACUCAAACUGAGAGAAUGACUGAAGUCCAGCAGAUGAGUGGUUGUGUGGAGGAAGACGAGGACAGAGCAGAGUCUCCAGGACCCAGCGGUCUGUCUGUGAAGAGUGACCAGUCUAUGAGAACACCUUUAAAGUUCAGUCAUGAACCUGGAGCCUCAGAGACAAAGAGGAUCCAUCAACAGGGACCAGACUCUGCCAGACCUGGACCUGGACCCAGCUGUGUGUCCAUGAAGAGUGACUUGUCUAUAGAUCGUCUUAUUAACUUCAAGGAUGGACAAAAACAUGGUGAACUGAUAGUUGAUCAGCAGAGGACGGAGGUUCUCAGUGGUCAGUCUGUCCAGCAGCAUGGAGCAGACCUGGACUCCAUAUUUAAGCUGCUGGAGGAGAACAUCAUCUGCUUUGUGAAGAACGAGCUGAAGAAGAUCCACAAGGUUCUGGAUACAGAUCACACAGAAGUCUCAGAGAGUCAGAGGGAGGAUGAGGAGCAGAGGAGCAGCAGAGAGGCCUUUCUGAAGAUCACAGAGGACUUCUUAAGGAGGAUGAAGCAGGAGAAGCUAGCUGACGAAAUCAGAGCUCCAGCUUGUCGACGUGAGCUCAAAUCAAACCUGAAGAAGAAGUUCCAGUGUUUGUUUGAGGGUGUGGCUAAAGCAGGAAACCCUACCCUUCUGAAUGAGAUCUUCACAGAGCUUUACAUCACAGAGGGAGGCACUAGCGAGGUCAAUGAAGAACAUGAGGUCAGACAGAUUGAUAGAGCUUCCUGGAAACCAGACAGACCAGAAACAACCAUCAGACAAGAAGACAUCUUUAAAGCCUCAGCGGGAAGAGACGGACCAAUCCGAAGAGUGAUGACAAAGGGCGUGGCUGGCAUUGGGAAAACAGUGUUAACACAGAAGUUCACUCUGGACUGGGCUGAAGACAAAAGCAACCAGGACGUACAGCUCAUGUUUCCCUUCACCUUCAGAGAGCUGAAUGUGCUGAAAGAGAAGAAGUUCAGUUUGGUGGAACUCAUCCAUCACUUCUUCACUGAAACCAAAGAAAUAGGAAUCUGCAGGUUUGAAGACUUUAAGGUGGUCUUCAUCUUUGAUGGGCUGGACGAGUGUCGACUUCCUCUGGACUUCCACAACACUGAGAUCCUGACUGACAUCACAGCGUCCACCUCAGUGGACGUGCUGCUGACAAACCUCAUCAGGGGGAAACUGCUUCCCUCUGCUCGCCUCUGGAUAACCACACGACCUGCAGCAGCCAAUCAGAUCCCUCCUGACUGUGUGGACAUGGUGACAGAGGUCAGAGGGUUCACGGACCCACAGAAGGAGGACUACUUCAGGAAGAGGUUCAGAGAUGAGGAGAAGGCCAGGAGGAUCAUCUCCCACAUCCAGACAUCACAAAGCCUCCACAUCAUGUGCCACAUCCCAGUCUUCUGCUGGAUCACUGCAACAGUUCUGGAGAACAUGCUGAAAACCAGAGAUGGAGGAGAACUGCCCAAGACCCUGACUGAGAUGUACAUCCACUUCCUGGUGGUUCAGUCCAAAGUGAAGAGGGUCAAAUAUGAUGGAGGAGCUGAGACAGAUCCACACAGGAGUCCAGAGAACAGGAAGAUGAUUGAGUCUCUGGGGAAACUGGCUUUUGAGCAGCUGCAGAAAGGAAACCUGAUCUUCUAUGAAUCAGACCUGACAGAGUGUGGCAUCGAUAUCACAGCAGCUUCAGUUUACUCAGGAGUCUUCACUCAGAUCUUUAGAGAGGAGAGAGGCCUGUACCAGGACAAGGUCUUCUGCUUUGUCCAUCUGAGUGUUCAGGAGUUUCUGGCUGCUCUUCAUGUUCAUCUGACCUUUAUCACCUCUGGAACAAAUCUGUUGUCAGAAGAACCAACAACGAGCCAGUGGUCCAGGCCGUUUAGAAAAAAACCUAAACUGAAUCAUCUGCACCAGAGUGCUGUGGACGAGGCCUUACUGAGUCCAAAUGGACACCUGGACUUGUCCCUCCGCUUCCUCCUGGGUCUUUCACUGGAGACCAAUCAGAAGCUCUUAAGAGGUCUACUGACACAAACAGGAAGUGGUUCACAGACCAAUCAGGAAACAGUUGAGUACAUCAAGAAGAAGAUCAGUGAGAAUCUGUCAGCAGAGAGAAGCAUCAACCUGUUCCACUGUCUGAAUGAACUUAACCAUCGUUCUCUUGUGGAGGAGAUCCAAGAGUCCCUCACAUCAGGACGCCUGUCCACAGAGACACUGUCUCCAGCUCAGUGGUCAGCUCUGGUCUUCAUCUUACUGUCAUCAGGAAAAGAUCUGGAAGAGUUUGACCUGAAGAAAUACUCUGCUUCAGAGGAGGCUCUUCUGAAGCUGCUGCCGGUGGUCAAAGCCUCCAACAAAGCUCUAAUGAGUGGCUGUAACCUCUCAGAGAGAAGCUGUGAAGCUCUGUCCUCAGUACUCAGCUCUGUGUCCUCUCGUCUGAGACACGUGGACCUGAGUAACAACGACCUGCAGGAUCCAGGAGUGAAGCUGCUGUGUGAUGGACUGAAGAGUCCUCACUGUUCUCUGGAGACUCUCAGUCUGUCAGGUUGUCUGGUCUCAGAUGAAGGAUGUUCUUCUCUGACCUCAGCUCUGAACUCCAACCCCUCCCAUCUCAGAGAACUGGACCUGAGUAACAAUGACCUGCAGGAUCCAGGAGUGAAGCUGCUGUGUGAUGGACUGAAGAGUCCUCACUGUUCUCUGGAGACUCUCAGAAUGAGUGGCUGUAAACUCUCAGAGAGAAGCUGUGAAGCUCUGUCCUCAGUACUCAGCUCUGUGUCCUCUCGUCUGAGACACGUGGACUUGAGUAACAACGACUUGCAGGAUCAAGGAGUGAAGCUGCUGUGUGAUGGACUGAAGAGUCCUCACUGUUCUCUGGAGACUCUCAGUCUGUCAGGUUGUCUGGUCUCAGAGGAAGGAUGUUCUUCUCUGACCUCAGCUCUGAACUCCAACCCCUCCCAUCUGAGAGAACUGGACCUGAGCUACAAUCAUCCAGGAGACUCAGGAGAGAAGCUGCUGUCUGCUGGACUGAAGAGUCCUCACUGGAGACUGGACACUCUCAGGAUGGACCAUGCUGGAGAGCAGUGGUUAAAACCUGGUCUCAGGAAGUAUUCAUGUGAACUGGAACUGGACACAAACACAAUGAACAGAAAACUCAAACUGUCUGACGACAACAGGAAAGUGACCCGUGUGACAGAAGAUCAGUGGUAUCCUGAUCAUCCAGACAGAUUUGAGUUCUGGUCUCAGCUGCUGUGUAGACCUGGUCUGACUGGUCGCUGUUACUGGGAGGUCGAGUGGAGAGGAACUGUUGAUAUAUCACUGAGUUACAGAGGAAUCAAGAGGAAAGGCAUCGGUUUUGACUGUUUGUUUGGAGAUAAUGAUCAGUCCUGGAGUCUGAUCUGCUCUGAUGUUCAUGGUAACUUUGUCCAUCACUGUGGGAUACGAACACCCAUCAUGUCCUCUGUCUCUCACAGAGUAUCAGUGUAUGUGGACUGUCCUGCUGGGACUCUGUCCUUCUACAGCGUCUCCUCUGACUCACUGAUCCACCUCCACACCUUCAGGACCACAUUCACUGAACCGGUUUAUCCUGGGUACCUGGUCUGUCCUGGUUCCUCAGUGUCUCUGUGUCCCCUGUAGGACAUGAAGAGACAGCAGCUUCAGUGGUGGACGAGGUCAAAGCUCGUCUCAGUCAUUCUUUGUUGAAACCAUCAAUAAAUAAAGACUUAAAAAAUCAA